ACUCGAGCUUCAUUUCAGUUGGUUAAAGAGAAUCAAUCUUGAAGUUUACAUAGAAGUCAUUAGAUUAGGUUUAGCAAAUUAAAAUUAAAAAAAAAGAACUAUCUGUGAUAUGAAUUUAAUUUAAAAACCGCAAAAAGAAAAACCGAGAUUAUAUACAUUUUGUACCUAUAUCUACCACAUAGUGGUCUGAUUUGAAUAUAAAAAGGACGUCGAAGACCCAAGUUCGACUUAGUGUUUAAAAAGACAUAGCUCAGUGAUAUUUGCUUUUAAGUAAAGUUAAAAAAAAAAAAAUGGAAAUUCCAGCACCAAUAAUUCUCAAGCGCCAACUUUUGGUGCCAAAUAAAACUUUGAUGGGACCUGGUCCUUCAAAUUGUUCACAAAGAGUUCUUGAUGCAAUGAGCAACCCAGUUCUAGGUCAUUUGCAUCCUGAGUGCUUACAGAUUAUGGAUGAAAUUAAAGAGGGCAUCAAGUACGCUUUCCAGACAAAGAACGAAGCCACAAUGUGUGUGAGUGGCUCAGGUCAUGGUGGAAUGGAAGCAGCUCUAUGUAAUCUCCUUGAAGACGGUGAUAUUGCUUUGUUUGGUGUUAUUGGAAUGUGGGGACAUCGUGCAGCUGAUAUGGCAAAAAGAUACGGUGCUGAUGUUCGAUUUUUAGAAGCACGCUUUGGCCAUGCAUUGACAAUGGAUGAAGUAGAAUUUGCCAUGGAAGGUCACAAGCCACAGGUUUUAUUUAUAUGUCAAGGUGACUCUUCAACUGGUAUUGUUCAGCCAAAUAUCGGUGAAAUUGGACAACUUUGUAAGAAAUAUAAUUGCUUGCUAGUGGUAGAUACAGUAGCUUCUUUGGGUGGUACUGAAUUUUAUAUGGAUGAUUGGAAAGUUGAUGUUGCUUACACGGGCUCACAGAAAGUUCUUUGUGGUCCACCUGGAAUUACUCCGAUUUCGUUUAGUAAAAAAGCCAUGACACGCAUUACUUCGAGAGCCACAAAAGUCAAAUCCUAUUAUUGGGAUGCGACAUUGGUGGGUCAGUAUUGGAAUUGUUUUGGUGGUUCGAGAAUCUAUCAUCACACUAUUGCAUCUACAUUGCUUUAUGGAUUGAGAGAAGCUUUGGCUUUAUUCGCAUCGAUGGGAUUGAAAUCAGUGAUAAGAAGACACAAGGAAUGUUCAUUUAGAUUGCAAAAGGGCAUUGAAGAUAUGGGACUUGAAUUACUUGUACCUGUUCAAGAUGAUCGAUUGUCAACUGUAACAGCAGUUAAGGUCCCUAAAGGUGUCGAUUGGAGGAAGGUUUCUGAAUAUGCAAUGAAAAAAUAUUUCUUCGAAAUUAGUGGAGGAUUGGGACCAACAGCUGAUCACGUUUUCCGAAUUGGAGUAAUGGGUGAAAAUGCAACAGCUGAGAAAGUGGACUUAAUGCUUACGAUACUCCGGGAAGCUAUUCAAAAUACUUCUAAUAUAACACUCAAUGAAAAGUCGAAGAUGUAAUUUCAUAAGAAUAUUAAGUCAUUAGUCAUUUAAGUUUUAGUUUGUAAAAUUGUUCUAUAUAUUAAUACUGCAUUUAAUAAAUAUAAAAAUUUUAAUUAUUCACAUAAAA